AUGCUGCGGCUUGAUCUAGCCAACAAACGAAAUGCUCGGCCUUUAUGGUUUUUUUUACUACUGAAAGUACGGCAGUUGUCGGAGCAGCAGGAUGUGGAACACCCUUCCAAAGACGGACACCAGCUUCUCUCGCCCUCGGACUCAUUACCUUUGUCAACUGCAUGGGACCUAACGCAAGCCUCAUCUUACACUCCUCCUCUCUCUCCUCCUCACCACCGUUCUCCAAUACCGGAGUCGCCUCGUAAAAUCCCAAAAAGCUCUCCUCCGCAUCACAGUCCUGGAAGCCGUGUAGGCGGAGCAGGGCCAAAACAUCCAGCACUCCCUUCCUAUGUGGAAAAUAGCCUUCCUGAGCCGGGAAUGCUGCGCACCAUCUACAUACAUCGCACGUCACCAGAGGAGCCUCUGGGGAUUACUUUGUCCAUUUACGAUUCCUCACAGAUGCCGAUUCGUAGUGGGUCUCUUCUCUCCCUAUUAGGAAAGCAGAUCCAGCGAGGAACAACCAAAGACCCGCCAAAAAUCAUCAUCCAACGCAUAAUCGUCGGUUCGUUGGCUGACAAAGAGGGCAAACUGUUUCCUGGUGACGAGUUAAUUGAACUCAACGGAGUAACCGCUACUUCUUUGGAGGCCGUUCAAAAAGCAAUGUUCAGCGCUACACACAAAAAUGUUCUCCAAAUGGUCGUUAAGACUCCUGGAAUUGGACAGUUAAAAGCCUACAUCCUAAGCCGUCAUGAUCCAGAGCAUAAGGCAGACACACUUCUACCGAAUGCAAACUUGGGCGUUUCCUUCAAGAGUGGGGAUGUCCUUGAGUUGGUGGAUUCGCAAGAUCUCAACUGGUGGCAGGUGAGGCGUCUUGAUACACCCAACUCACCAGUUGGACUUGUCCCCUCGCAAACCCUCCAAGAACGCCGCCAGGCAUUCAACCAACAGGCUCGCACAGUUAAUACAAUGAAAAAAAUCAAGGAGGUCAAAUCAGUGUUUCGAGCUGCAGACUCUUCAAAUCUUUUGGUUCGUUCGGAUUUGUGGGUGUACGAAGAGGUGGUCCCCUGGCCUCCUUCUCCUAUACCUACUCUCCUUCUGAUUGGUCCUAAUGGCGUUGGCCGCAGGACAAUAAAGUUCCUCUUGUGCACUCAAUUCCCUCAAAGAUUUGCUUUUCCAAUAUCAGACACCACAGAUUCGACAGCUACACCCGCUUUGUUCCGAAUACGCACGAAGGAGGACAUGGAAAAUGAUAUUCGACAGGGGGCGUAUGUAGAAUGGGGAACAGUGGAUGGCCAUCACUAUGGCAUUAGGUUUGCCGCAAUAAGGGAAAUCAUUGCCACUGGAAGGACUGCAUUAAUCGACUGCCAAUGUCAGUCCGUCUAUCUGCUUCAUCAGCCCGAAUUCAAUCCACACGUUGUGUUUGUUUCCGCGCCCAAAUAUGAGAUCGCGAAAGCCAUGAUGGAUGCUGGGAUUCGGAAGAAUCUCACAAUAAAUAAAAGAACAAGCGAGGAGAUACACAAGAUUGUGGAGGAGUCAAAGGUGUUCGCUAGUCAAAAUCAACACCUUUAUGCUCACACACUGGUCAACAGCAACAUGGCUGAGAGUGUGGAAAAACUGUCACAGCUGGUCGCUAGACUGGAGCGGCAGCCGGGAUGGAUUCCUGCGGGUUGGGCCUACGAAAUGGGUCUUCCCAGGCCAUUAGACAUCAUCAUGAAAUUGUUUGUAGGGAAAGAUGGAAAGCGCGAAGAUCGACCUUCACGUUUGAGCAUUGUUGGUCUUCCUGAUGACAACCGGUCGGUUCUCAGUCGAGUUACAAGUUCAAUGCGCUCAACAGCUUCUCCAGAGUCUGCUGUUCGGUUGGCUAGACCACCAUCAGUGUGCAGUUCUUUGCAGCUUCCAGGAACAGUUGUAAAAGGUAGUUGUGGUAUUCCUCCAGUGGGCCGUUGGCGGUACGAGAAGCGCAACAUGGUACAGCCCAUCCAACCCCCUCUGUCACCUCUUGGCUCCUCAACUGACCAAGAAAUUGGAAGUGACAACUCAACUCUCCCUCAACCCCUCCCCAUUGAACGCAACUUGACUUCUAAAACAGCAGUGCAAUCUCAGGCAGCCACAAGACCAGCAAUUGGUAAUCCAACUUCCUCGAAGCCACCAGAUUUGACCAAGCAACAAAUUUUUCCUCACAGCGGUGCCAAGUCAAAUGUACGGCUUAAAUUGAGUCGCGGGGCUAUCAAAGCGAAUGGUGGUGGCGGUGGUGAUGGCAACAAUGCCAAUGAUGAUGGUGAUGAUGAUGCAAUCAGUAGCACUUCUUCAGAGGAUGCGUGA